CAAUCUAUACAGGUAUAUGUCGAAAUGGAAGACAAGGGUUGAUUCCAGACCCAUCUAAUUGUGCAAGAUAUUACAACUGCUCCAUAGAUGUUACCAACCCUUCGUCUCAGGAAUGUCCUUACCCAUCCCUAUUUUCUAUUCUUCAAAGGGCCUGUGUCAAUUUUGAAGUUGUCCAAUGUGGGGUCAGAUAUGAACCACAGGCACCUUGUGAAUAUCAACAGAAUCUUUGCUCAUAUUCUGAUCCAAACUGUUUGCCUUGUCCAUCACGACUUCCUAGUUGUAUUGGGCAUCUUGAUGGGGAGAGGGCCUUCCCAGGUCAUCUCUGGACAGCCUGGUAUAUUGAAUGCUUCAAAAAUCGAACAAUUAGAGUUGGCAAUUGUGGAAGAGGAGUUUUUGAUCCAAUUCAUGGGGACUGUGUUGCAGAUGUGGACAAAAGUAACAUUAAUAGAUACUGUGAAUUUCAUCCACAUGCAAUUGUUCCAUACCCUGAAAACUGUGGGCAAUAUUUUGAUUGUCGAAUGAGGGAUACAAUGCUUGGAAGUUACAUUCAUGAAUGCACUUAUCCACAACUAUUUGAUAAAAACUCCAUGAAGUGUGCAAGUCCAGAUUCUGUUUCCUGUUUCAAUCAAUAUAUACCUGUUAAACCAUGUGACUAUGCCCUGAGUAAAUGUAGGACACCUGAUUGUAUUCCAUGCGAGGAACGCUAUUCUCUAUGCAAGGACAGGGAAGAUGGUGCCAAUGUUAUGCCCGGAGAAGAAGUCUCCAGUAGAUUUGUUGUGUGUAAAAAUGGCAUGGCUACUGGAAUCAUGUUUUGUCCUGAUGGAGAAAUAUUCAGUUCUCAAGAAAAGAAAUGUCAAAAAAGUAACCAACAAAUUCUGUUUGAAAUAUGUAGAGCGCAUCCAAACAUUGUACGCCCAAAUCCUUAUGAUUGUGCCCAGUUCAUUGACUGUAGCAAAUCACGUCCUGGUCAUGUGAUUGAAGAGUACAUCAAGGAAUGUCCCUACCCAUAUCUUUUCUCCACUGACACGCUUGAAUGCCAGGAGUACAACAAAGUCACAUGUAGUAUCAGAAAAGAGCCUAGAGCACCAUGUGAAUACCAACAGAAUUUGUGUACAGGAAAGGGGAAAAAUUGCAAGCCCUGCAAAGAGAGACUUCCUAGCUGUAUUGGACUUCCUAAUGGUUUUAAUCCAGUCAUGGAGUUCUUGUGGGAGAAAAAUUACAUUGUUUGUAAAGACAACAGAACUCUAAAUGUGAAAACAUGUUCUGAAGGUGUGUUUGAUCCAUACAACAGGAAGUGUAUGAAUAAUACUAUAUCCAGUUACUGUAUGAUGCAUUCUACUGGAUCUUUUCCUAACCCGGAGAAUUGUGCCCAGUUUUAUGACUGCAGUACAAGAGACUCAGAGUAUGGACUUUACUUAAAAGAAUGUCAGUAUCCGCAGCUGUACGAAAUUGAGACAGACACAUGUCAACAUUUCAGCAGGGUUAAUUGUGGUUCCCGAUAUGAGCCAAUCGAACCAUGUGAGUACAUUCAAAGUCAAUGUAUAGGAGCUGGCUGUCCAGCAUGUUCAAAGGUGAGUUGUCGCGCUCAUCCUGAUGGAGCCAAUGAAUACCCUGGCCGGGAACACACUCCUUGGUAUGUGGUAUGUGAGCAUGGUAGAACAGUGGCUGUGGAGCAGUGCCAUGUGGGGAUUUUUGAUCAGCAAUCACACAUGUGUUUAACCAAUACUGACUCUGUGAAUAACUACUGCAACAAUAACCCUGGACUGAUUCUACCAAGUUAUCAGAGCUGUGCUCAGUUUUAUAAGUGUGGUCAAUAUAACAGCAAGACUGGGACCUAUCUACAUGAGUGUGCUUAUCCCUUGCUAUAUGACAUUACCUCCAAGACUUGUCAGCACUUCACUUUAAUCAACUGUGGAGAGAGAAGAGUUCCACAAGCUCCAU